GGAGGGAGAGCCGAUCCGUGCGCUCCUGAGUUUCCGUGACCGACGCCAACUCGGAUCCUACUACCGCGUCGCUAUUGCAUUUCCUUGGAGGAACGCUCCUCGCCAUUCCUCGACGAACGCGAUCGGCGCCGACCUGCCGACUUCUCUUCGGCUUGGCCCGUACCACCGCCGGAUACGUUCGCAGGCCCAGCAGCCGUAUCCGGCCCCUGCCUGGCCCUCCGAACCAGUAACCUCCGUGGCGGAAGCGUAUCUGGUCGCGAGACCGGUCGCUUGUCAGGCCCACCAUGGAGAAUGUCCCGUGUAAUGUCAUAUAUGUCGAUCGGUCCGUGUCGCGGGACCGGAGCAUCAAGGCCGGCGAGCAUGUCAGCGACGGAAGUGUUAGUGAGGUAGAACCGGCGCACGUUACGGAAAAUGCUGCGCUUCUUUUGGACGUGUUUGACGAAGUCCAUUUGUGCAGCACGGGAGGCGCAUGCCUGUCGCAAUGGCUGAGUCUCCAAGAGACCUCGAUGGCCGCCCUCAAACCGACUGUUUUUGUAUUGAACACCCCUCAUCAAGACGACGUCCCCGAGCCGGCCCGCUCGAGGUCUCCCUCGCCGCCAUCCAUAUUCACCAACGCUGGCGAAAACCAAGAGGAGGAACUAUACGGGCUGGCAUUGCUGCGGAGGAUCAUUUCCGAGUCUUAUGUGCGCAAUAUGUCCAAGCUUGUUGUCACGGUUCCCAUUGUUGCCUCUCGAUCUGUUGCCGAGAAUGGAGCGAGCGAAGCUAGGGGCCGCGGUGUCGGUAAGAGGAUGCUGAGGAAGUGCCUCGACGUGGGCGCCACGGAUGUCAUGACGAACCCCAUGAACGUCAAAUGCGUCACCAACCUCGAGAUUCACGCCUACCGCGCUCAACUGGACGCUGCUCGGGACCAGAAGGCCUUGGUGGAACUUCGCCGGGGCCGAAAACGCUCGUGGGUUGGCAUUUGCGAGGAGAAACCGUUUUCGUAUCUGCGGGAAGCCAUGGUCUCGAAGCUCAUGGGUCGGAUUUGCCGCAUUGGGAGCGAGACCGACGAGGUGGCUUGUAGCGUCAAGCUGUCCAUCACCCCUGAGAAGCAGGCUGAAGUCACAUCGGCAGUCAGCCAAUGGCAUUUUUGCGCCCACGAUUUCACCGAGGACGAGCUUGUCGUGGCGGCUUUGGUCAUGUUUAAGCACGCAUUGUCCAUGCCCGAGUUGGGGCCAUGGCGGAUACCAACAGACCAGCUACACCGCUUUCUUCUCGCCUGCCGGGCGGCUUACAACACGUUUGUCCCGUAUCAUAACUUCCGCCACGUGGUUGAUGUCCUGCAGGCAACCUUCCACUUCCUCGUCCGCAUUGGUGCACUACCACCCUAUCCCUCGGCUGAUGGUCUGCUCUCCAAGGCCUGCCACAAGUCACCAAUCGCAGAGCUUCUUCAACCCUUUGACGCCCUGACGCUUCUCAUCACGGCUAUUGGUCACGAUGUCGGCCAUCCCGGUGUCAACAACGGCUUCCUGGUGACACUGAAUGCGCCGCUCGCUCAGCUGUACAACGAUCGCUCUGUUCUCGAAUCGUUUCACUGCGCUGCCUACUCGCAGAUUCUGCGUCGUUACUGGCCCGCAACCUUUAGCGACAGCAAGAUGCGUCACCUGAUGAUCAGCUCGAUCCUGGCCACAGAUAUGGGCCUGCACUUCGACUACAUGAAGAAGCUCGGCGAUUUACAGGGGAAGCUGCGUCCCAACAACUCCACCGAGAACUGGGACGAGGGCGUCAAGAACGAGCAAAGGGCAUUGGCAUGUGCCCUUCUCAUCAAAUGCGCAGAUAUUAGCAACGUCAGUCGCGGGCACGACGCAGCCCUUCAAUGGAUGAACAUCCUUUCGGAGGAAUUCUCGCGACAGGCUAGCAUGGAGACCGAGCUGGAGAUCAAGACAUCGCUGAUGUCGGAGCCGAAGCAGGACAAGUUGUCCCUGACCACUUCCCAGCUGAAGUUCAUGAACCUGUUCGCCCUCCCGCUAUUCCAAGGCGUUGCGGACAUCAUGCCGGCCAUGCAGUACUGCGUCGAUGAGCUCCUCCUGAACAAGGAAUUGUUUGACCAGUCCUUGCUAGACGAACAAAAGCGGCAGUCGCCUACCGAACCGGUUCCACGGGGCAAUAAUAUCGACCUCUCCCCGAAAUCGAUAAAUUUCACAACCUCGCCAGACCCGGCGACGGAAGCGCAUCCAGCCAAGGGGGCAAUGGGGUCAGUACCAAAGGUUAUUGAACCCCAGAUGCCAGAACCAGCUAUUCCCCAGCAGGCGGAUACCUUCCAAAGACUGUAUCCAAGCUACAGGCGGCCUGCCGAUGGACGGGUGGUGAACGACAUUGUCACUAGUUUCUCGCCGGGCAACGACUUCAUCCAAAACGGGCCAUUCACUGCGAACGGUAGCAGCCAGCACCACGGCCACACCCGGCAGAGGUGCAGCGAAACAACGGACGGCAGUUCCGCCCCCAACAGCGGUGACUGGGCCUCACAGGCAACGAGCGCCACGACCGGACGGAUGCCGCUGUCACCCAGCACGCAGGGCACCAGCAUCGUGAGCCGCGAUUCAUUUGAGCGGCCCCACAGCUAUAGUACGAGCGUGCCCGUCCCCAGCUUGUCGGCACCCGACGAAUCACCCACCACCGUUCCAGUUUCGGCUGCUACCACCCAGAGCAAACCAGACAACAACGCCCCCAAUUAUCCGCCGCCUCCACUGGCGCUAGAUGGGGAGCAUGACGCUCUACAAAACGGCCACCAUCAAUACACGAACGGUGCGGCGGUGAAGAAGAACAGCGGACCCGAACCCGUUGAUACAACCAGCAGGCAGCUUAAGAAGAAGCCGAGCCGAUUCAGGAUUAAUGGGUUCCAAAACUUGUUUAGGAAACACAAGAGCUCGAGUCCGCCGAUGCAGGCGGCUGAUACCGCUGGGUAGCGUAGCGUUGGAGCACCGUUUGCUGCGAGCACGAGUCUAGUCCUCGUGCCCAUUCUUCUCGGUGGGGGCGGGACGAGGUCGGGUGGGGAAACCGUUCUACGCGGGUUCCCCUCAGCGUUCUGUUUCGUACUGAAAAUUGAAACUGGCGAGCGUCGUGUAUGAUGAUGGUGGGCAGUUGGCUCGUGGCCCUCUUCGCUGUCUCUUUUUUUGUCCAC